AUGGACGGUAAUCCUCGCGAUCUACCUGCUAUGCUGACCGGAUGCACCUUUGGUAUUCCGACCAUGGAUCACAAGUCCCCAGUUCUUGAACAGUUUGGCAAAGCGGACGAGGUUGCGCACCGGCGUCAAGUCAUCGCUGAUCUCGAGGGUGCAUACCGUACGGUCCUCAGAGAUCUCAAAAGUGUCGAUGACGAUAUCGAGAAAGAACGCCAUUCUCUCUUGUUCAACCCGACCAAUAGUUCAUAUUCCUAUCUUGCAAGUAACAACUAG